UUGGCGCUUCAAGUAGUUCAAGGGUCAUCACAAACGAAAUUAGUGACACAAAGGAUAUAUAUUGUUUAUAGGUAGUCGAUUGCAAUAGUCGGAUUUGAUUUCGAAAUGCCCGAUUCUAAGUCAGAAUCUUCGAUUGACGUAACUGUAAAGCAGGUGGGGCACACUGAAUUGGAGAACGAGGGUGCCACAAGUGAUUUUUCAACACCAGAUAAACAAGAUGCGCGGGCGUUUUUACGCGAACGAUUUCUACGUGUGAUUACCGGCGUUGUUGGUAAUCCAGCCAAGUUUCACUUGUAUGAAAAUACAACUGUGUCUGCUGAAUUUCGUGGUUGCGAUAUAAAUUUUUUUGAACUGUAUGUGAGAAAUUUAACGACACCAUUGGGAAUAAUACCAGACGCUAUACUUAGAACUAAUGAUGUGAUUCUUUUUGAAAUGGAACAGAUAUAACAACAUUUAUACAUUGAAAUAAUGUAACUUUUAU